AAAAGGACUACUUUUGGAAGGAGAAGGAGAACAAGGUACGUGUAUCCCCUUCAACCUUGCCUUGGCUUCAGUUGACUUCGACUGCAAUAUCUGUCUUUUCUGGAGAUUUAUUUAAUAAUUUCAGACAUUUGACUACCAUCCUAGACUAGAUCCUGUCUUGAGUAUCAUCAUGUUGUGCCUUGUGAUUGGAGGAUGUGGAUUCUUAGGAAGACACAUAGUAGAAUCUCUACUGGUCAAAGGACACACAGUUAAUGUCUUUGAUAUCAGAAAAACUUUUGAGAAUGACCAGGUGAGAUUCUUCAUUGGUGACCUGUGUAGCAAAAAGGAUCUGAGUCCAGCAUUGAAGGAUGUAGAGGUUGUUUUCCAUGUUGCAUCUCCAUCACCACUCAGUAAUAACAGAGAGCUAUUCUACAAAGUGAAUUAUACUGGAACCCAGAACGUGAUAUCAGCUUGCAAAGACUUUGGUGUCAAGAGAUUAGUACUAACAAGCAGUGCUAGUGUGGUAUAUGAGGGUGCUGAUAUCAAGAAUGGUGAUGAGUCUCUACCAUAUGCAAAGGAUUUUGUAGAUGCCUACUCAGAAACAAAAAUACUUCAGGAAAAGGUUGUAUUGGAAGCAAACAACCCAGGUGAUGAUUUCUACACAGCAGCCAUCAGACCACACUCUAUCUUUGGACCUGGGGAUGUACACAUGGUACCAACAUUGGUCCAGACUGCUAAAGCUGGCAAAACAAAAUGUAUGAUUGGGAAUGGUGAAAACUUGGUUGACUUCACCUACGUGGAUAAUGUUGUUCAUGGUCACAUCCUGGCAGCUGAGAAGCUUCUAUCACAUCCAGAUAGUGUAGGAGGCAAGUCAUUCUUCAUCACCAAUGAUGAACCUGUUCCAUUUUGGUCGGUCAUGACUCGCUUUCUAGUCGGCCUUGGCUAUGAUGCUCCGAAGUACCACCUCCCCUUCUGGCUCAUUUACUACAUCUCUCUCGUCAUUCAAUUUAUCUGUACCCUACUCAAGCCAUUCACCAACAUCAAUGUCACCUUCACACCAAUGAAAGUGGCUAUAGCAGGGACCUACCAUUACUACAGCUGUGAACGGGCCAAGAAACUCCUAGGGUACAGGCCUAUUGUUAGUCUGGAUGAAGCCAUUCAAAGGACAGUAGAGCACUUUGGGUAUCUCAGAAAAGGAAAAUGAUAUACAUGUAGCUUAGGUUCAAGUAACUUGGACUUUUGGUAUGAAUGUUAAGAAUGUCAUUCAAAGGACAGAAAAUCAUGUUGACUAAUCAAGAUGGAAAUGUAUUGAUGCAAUGUUUUGCUAUAUAUAAUAUUUAUUUAUGGAUUGGGGAAAGAAACGUUCUGUCAGCUAACUUCUAAAUUUGCUAAUUGACCUAAGUAGAUAUGAACAGAAUGUCAAUGCCAGAUUAAAUUGUGAUCAAACUUUUUAUUGAAAUUAACAGGCCUUGAAUUUCAACAUUUUAAGUUAAGGACAAGGCCACUUUUCUUUAGGGUACACCUAUAUAUUGCAAAACAGAAAAACAGGCUCAGCAAAUCUUCAAGGUCAAUGAAAAGGACAUCUUGGUGUUGACCUUGGAUGGCCUUGGACUGAUUUAAGACCUGAAUCAAUAUAUCAUAAGCGUUCAUGCAGUAAGUCUUUGGACUUUGAACCACAAGGUCUGGGGUUCAAAUCCCGCCGCAGCACUCGCAUCCUUUGGCAAGGAGUUUAUCUAAAUUUGCCACUCUCCACCCAGGUGUAGUAAGCGGGUACCCAGUAGGAAGGAAUUCCUUGAAUGCUCGAGCGCCUGAUCAGGGUAGCUGUGCUAAAGCUGGGGUAAUAGUAUGCAGCGCUUAGAAAAAAUUGUAUUAAGCGCUAUGUAAAUUUUGCAUAUUACUAAAAAUAUUAUUCAAAUCUCAUCCGAUUCUAAAGAAACUUUAAAACCUAAUGUCAAUUAAUAUCGUAGUAAACUUCCUCAAUGAAUCGCGUUGUAUAUUCAUGUUUGAUUUUAUAUUUUUCUUCUUUACUGUGUAUUAUGUUGAACUGUUAGGUGCCUUGAGCAUUCCUUGGAAUGAUAUGUGUGCUUAAAAAUAUGAUUAUUACUAGUGUAACAAAUAUUUGUUGCUUUAUUGAUGGCCCAGUUUGUCAGUAGUUGGCUCAUCAAUUUCAUUGAAUAGUUAAUCCUGUUUAUGACAAAUAGAAAAAUCUAAAUAAUUACCUCAUUCUUCUAUGUACUGGAGAAGCUGAAUAUUGGCUUGAGUGAUUGAAGGAAGUAAAUAACUUUGUCCAUGAUUGUGAAAAUUAAAAUUCAAAUCAAUAGUCAAGCUCGGAGUUAUCUCAUGGGCAAGUUUAUUCAAAUUGCCUUUCCUUUCUUUUGUUAGGAUAGUCAAAUUUCAAAGCAAGAUAUUGGGCCAGAUGCAUAAAAAGUAGCAAUUGCUGACAAGCAAUUGCUUCAAGCACAAGCAAUAGCUAGCCAAGCAAAAGAUCAUGCUUCAGCGAUUGCUUUAUUUCAUAUGCAUGACCCUUUGCUACUGCUUGAACCCUUUUCUUGCCUUCAGAAAGCAAUUGCUAGCGGUUCGAACAAGAGCGACGUCACCCUGGUGCGAACACGACUCACAGAAAAGGCAGAGCUUGAAUGCAAAGGUGUGGCAGUGCAAAUUACCGCUCCUUUCCUAUAACAUCUCUUCCUCAUACGUGUCAAACUAAGUUUUGUUUUGAUAGAUUAAAAUAUUUGGCAUUUGGUUUGCACUUAUUUGGAAGAAAACAUGUACAUGUAGGUUAUGGUACACCUUGGGGUUCUCUGUCAGGUGCAUACACAUGACAAAAAGUUGAGAAUGCCCUGAUCAAGCAAAUGCACAAGCUGCUCUAAAGGAGCUUUAAAAAACCCAAGCAAGUGCUUGAACGCACAAGUUAAAUGUUCGCUUUAUGCAUACACUUUUUAGCAAUGGCUUAAUCGUAAAGCAAAUACUAGCAGGCAGUUAGCCAUUGCUUGAGCUUACUAGCACAAGCAUUUGCUUGCUCAUGUUUAUGCAUACAGAAUCAAGCAAAAGCCAAGCAAAAGCCUAGCCAAAGCAAUUGCUCCUCUUUAUGCAUCUGACCCAACAUGUGAGCAUGCCUGACAUAGCAGGAUUAAAAGAUUGCAUAGACCUGGUGAUUAGAAUAGCAUAUCAUUGAACAAUUUAUGAAGGUCUUUGUUGCAUUUCUACUUUAAAGGCAUAUGGUGUUUCUAUUAAAAGGUGAAUGUACUUAUCCAACACUUUAAUACCAGUCGCUUAUGGCUGCAUCAUUACUUUAUACAGUGCAUAUUAAUAAACAGUUUACACUUUUAAAAAGUCCCCCUAAUUUACUAAAAUACAACAUGGGGAUAUUUUUCCAGUUAUAUUGUUCUGCCCUGAUCCCAUCUACCAGAUAAAAGUAUAGUUUGUGGCAGAAUGCAUGAGUGAGCACUGUCAAUUUUUCUACAGCUAGCAGAAAUCGGUUUGCAAAGAAAUGAUGAUUUUUCACGCUGUGUCAAAGGGAGAAGGCCAAAAGUCAAUAGAAUUUUGAGUCAAUAGAAUAUAACAAUUCGCAACUUUUUAUUACAACCCUUUUUCACUAUUUAACAUUAUAAAGUCUAGGUGAACAUAAUUUUUACCAGAAUUGAAUAAUACAAUUGUAAAGGUAAUUUAUUCUUCUAUUACUCCUGUUGACUCUGCAAGGAACUUGGGGAUUAGGUUUGACUUGCAUCUGUUAUCAGUCCAGGGAUGUGAUUUUAUUUCAUUUAUUUCCCAUUUCCAAGAAUCAUUUACAAUAAGUUUUGUUACAUACAUCUUGAUAUAAUUAUAAUCAAUAAAACAAGGAAACUUUAUAUGCAUAAUAAUCAACUCAAGAUAACCAUGUAUCAGGUCGGAAAUGGAGGAAGCUGCUAAAAAGCGAGGCUUGUAGAAUGCAGCCUCCUAUUACAUAUUCGUAUGAACAAUGUAAACAAAUCACAAAUACAACAUGGUAGAAAUUUGAGCAUGAAUCCAUUUGAAUGUCUAGAUAAAAAAAAAUUAUGAAGCUCUAUGCAUUUCCAUUAGAUAAUCUGUUUUUGUCCAAAAUGAACUAAAAAAACAAAUUAAUGUUUGAGAUGUCAAAGAUUAUUUACAAAUAUAAUUAAGAAGAAAUGGUUAUUUUGAUGAGACAUUAAAGAGAAUUAUGUCUUGUAUGAAA